AUGGCAUCUCCAUUCUUCUUCGUCAAGAAGAAAUCCGGAGAUCUCCGACCCUGCCAAGACUACAGGAAACUCAAUGACACCACCAUCAAGAAUGCCUACCCUAUACCAAGAGUAGAAGAUCUAUUAGACCAUAUUGCCUCCGCCAAACCAACAAUAUUCACCAAAUUUGAUUUACGUGCAGGAUACAACAAUGUACGCAACAAGGAAGGCGACGAAUGGAAAGGAGCCUUUAUCACGCCAAGAGGGUUAUUCGAACCAACUGUCAUGUUCUUUGAGAUGACAAACUCUCCAGCCACCUUUCAAGCCAUGAUGGAUGGAAUCUUUGCAGAUCUGCUACUAGAAGGAUGGCUAGUAAUCUAUAUUGACGACAUCCUCAUUUACUCCACCGACUACUUGGAACACCGGCAACACGUUCAAUUAGUCAUUCAACGGUUGAAAGAUUCAGAUCUCUUUCUCAAACCUGAGAAAUGCUUCUUUGACAUAUCAGAGGUUGAAUUCCUAGGAUUCAUUCUCCGACCAGGACAGAUAGAGAUGGCAGAAGAUAAGGUUUUGCCAAUUUCUAUCGACAAUUUAUUCCAGGAUACUCCAAAGUGGCACAACCCUUAUUUGAUCUAUUGA